UGGGAAUAUCAUAAAACUUGUUUAAAUUCAUAUAAUAUUAUUUAUUUUUAUGGAUUUACAAAAAAUCCAGAUACUUUGAAAUAUAUGGUAGUAAUGGAUUAUGCAAACAAAGGUAAUUUAAGAGGAAACUUAACAAGAAUUGUCAAAAGUGAUUGGUAUCAAAAAUUAUAUAUGUUAUUUGGAAUUAUUUCUGGGCUUAAUUGUAUACAUAAACAAGAUCUUAUUCAUUGUGAUUUUCAUGAUGGAAAUAUUUUAAACCAUAAUGAAAGUAAAAUUUAUAUUAGUGAUUUAGGAUUAUGUAAACCUUUAAAAUCAUUUUUGAAAAAAUAUGAUAUUUAUGGUGUUAUACCAUUUAUGGCACCAGAAGUUUUAAGAGGCAAUCCUUAUACUACAGCUAGUGAUAUAUAUAGUUUUUCUAUUAUUAUGUGGGAAUUUACAUCCGGGGUACCACCAUUUAAUAAUAGAGCACAUGAUUUUCAACUUAGUUUAAGUAUUUGUGAAGGUGAACGCCCUGAAAUUAUUGAAAAUACUCCACAAUGUUAUGUAGAUUUGAUGAAAAAGUGUUGGGAUGAAAACCCAUUAAAAAGACCAUCUUCUAAAGUAUUAUUGAAGAGUGGGCAUAUUAUAAAAGUCGCUUUCUUGAUUUUACUAGUAAACAAUUAA